UAAACGAAGUGCCCUUUUACAUCAUUGGAUUGGACCAUCCAUGGCUGAAGAAAAUUGAGCCAACUUUAGAGCAAUCUGGAACUGUCAAUUUUCACCAAUGCCCAGUUAGUGCAUAAUAUAUGUAUAUCGGAUCAGAGUGUCAGAGAGUAGAUGCAAAUAUGUCACACUUGAGUCGUGUAGCGCAGCCACGAGAGUUAAAGUGUGAAACACCCUAAAAUGUGUUGUUGUUCCCGAAGGAUAUUUCCAUGUGAUUUCUUCACAUAAAAGCGACAUCGACAGUUGUCCAUGAUUGGGAUGAUAUACAUAUUCAACCUGAUUGUGGGAACAGGAGCUCUCACCAUGCCUGGGGCAUUCCAUUCAGCUGGCUGGCUUUUUAGUCUCAUUACUAUCAUCAUACUGGGAUUCAUGAGUUAUUUAACAGCUACCUUUGUGAUUGAGAGUAUGGCAGCAGCAAAUGUGAAGCUUAAACUGAAUAGGACUCAGUCUCCUGCUGUAAGUGUACAGGAUAACAACUUAGAUGAUACAGCAGUUGUAGAUCACACAGAUGAAACAGCCCCUUUACUGGGAGAACACGCUUGUGCCACUUGUGUACCCACUGACAACCUGUCUGCCAUCACUGAAAGGGUGGAGAUGGGGCAAAUGGCUUCUAUGUUUUUUAACAAAGUUGGAGUGAAUUGUUUUUAUCUUUGCUUGGUGAUCUACCUGUAUGGUGACCUGGCUAUCUACGCUGCGGCUGUGCCAAAGUCUGUUAGGCUGGUUAUGUGCACAUAUCAGCUGCCCAAUGGGACAGCCUGUAAUGUGACUGUGGGAGAUGAAGAUCAGUGCUGGCCUGGAGUGCCCAGUGUCAGCAGGAUGGAUGCCUACAGGAUUGCAGUGGGAGCAUUUGGGUUACUACUGGGCCCGUUUGUGUUUUUUAACGUACAGAAAACCAAGUACCUUCAACUUACAACAACCUUCAUCAGAUGGCUUGCCUUCUCAAUGAUGAUAGUCUUGGCGGUGAUCCGUCUUGCCAAUGGUCAAGGCGAAGGUCAUCCGAAGGUCGUGGACAUAUCAGGGGUUCCUAAUCUGUUUGGAGUCUGUGUGUAUUCUUUCAUGUGUCAUCACUCCUUACCAUCAUUGGUGGCACCAAUCAAGAAGAAAGCCAAGAUUUACAAGCUGUUAUUUGGAGACUAUUCACUGAUCUCAGUCUUUUACCUAUUACUAUCUUUCACGGCCAUAUAUUCAUUUAACUCUUUGAAGGACCUGUACACGCUCAAUUUCUUGCCGGAUAGAUGUGACACAGAGGAUACCUCCAUCACUAACAUCAAGUUUAUUCAAUACUUCAUAGUGCUAUUUCCAGUAUUUGCUCUCAGCACCAACUUCCCAAUAAUUGGAAUUACAUUGCGGAACAACUUAAAGACUUUGUUUUACAAAAGACACCGACCAUAUCCUUGGAUCGUGGAUAGAAUUGUAUUUCCUCUAGUGACAAUUUUACCCCCAUUUGCCGUAGCUUUUGGAACUAAUCAGGUCGACCUUCUUGUGGGAAUAACUGGUUCGUACGCAGGAGCUGGAAUCCAGUACAUUAUACCCGCCAUGCUAGUUCUCUUCUCGCGUAGAAAUAUUGUAGAGACGGUAGGCAGGGAAACACGCAAUGUACACAGGUCUCCGUUCCGCCAUAUAGUGUGGAUCAUCUUCGUCAUGAUAUGGGCUGUCCUGUGUAUUGUGUUUGUGACUGUAAAUCACAUCAUUAAUGGUAUACAGUAAGUUAUCAGCAGCAUAAAUUGUCACGUUUUGCUAUUCAACGAAGCUAGUUACUCACAGGUAAAAUGAAAGUUCCACUAUGGGUUACGUAUUUUGGAACAAAUCUCAUGAACAAAUUUAAUGGAUUUUAACUACUUUAACCCAGGGCCCUCAGUGGUCCUUGGAUUUUUUGAAAGUAUAUAAAUUCUUUCGAAAGGUUUUCAAAACUUAAAACAGUGUUUAUUGGUUGGUGUGUUUGCCAGUAUUGAUUCACUAGAAUCACUGCAGUUAGGCAGCUCCGAAAUUCAUUGUGCAUUUUCUACGAGAAUAAACUCUUACGACUUGGGUUAAGUAAAGCAGGGUACUUUGUAACUGUAACCAAGUCAGUUAUCUUGUCACUUGGUUGAUUUUUUGCUACUAAUACUAUUACAUGUAUGUAUUGGGGUAUUAAAUUCGAAUUCUAAUUGGAAAAAAAGUUAAUUGAUAAGGAUUCUGUUUAGAUUCAUUCGCAUGCUACCAUAUUUACAUAAAACGGGAGUCGCUGUGUCUUGUGGAAUUUUACUUCACACUUGGCACUUUGUGAGUCAAGGGUGUAUGUAUGGCAUAUAAAUGAUGUAGAUCUUUAUAAAGCAGGGCUCACGCAAUCUUAAUUAUCUGCUUAUAGUUGCCGCCAGUCUUAGUCGACUUCCGCGCACCAAAUCUGAAUCUGAUCACUUUUUGACUUAAGCACUACACAUAGGUUGACAGCGUCCCAGUUGUACCCAGUUUAUUACGAAGUCAACCUGCCUGAAGAAAUUCCACUGCGCCACUAGGAGACUAUAAUGUAUUUCCUAUCUAGUUGCAAGGGGUCCUUUGUGUUUGCUCAAGUGCAUGGAGUGAGUAUAUGAACCCAUGAGAUUUAUUUGCAUGGAUAGAGUGAUUUGAAUAUUUUAUAGCUAUGCGGAGAAUAAAUAAAAACAGUAUGUUGGAGACCUAGACCAACUUUCAUGAAGCCCUCUUUAAUCUUAUGCAGGUACGCUUGUAAGUUGACUGUCAUGCCGAAUAUAUAUAUACAUAUAUAUAUGAAGUGUACCAGAGGAAUAUCAUACAAUGCACAGAUUAGUAAGUUUAUUCCACGUGUAAACAAGUGACUUUAUCCAUACAUUUGGCACAUGCUGUUUUGUUUACCUCACUGCACAUAUUAGCAUAUGAAUUUGAAAUCUGUAAUUUAUUAUUGCAUGAAGUGUUUUUUGUUUGUUUUUUUUUUCAGAACAUGAAUCCUUUUAAAAUGUGAUUUCACAUCUGUUUCCAUUUCACACCUGGGAGAAUUGUCCAGCUUAGGUACUUAACCUAAUUACAAUGAGUUUUCCUACAUCAUAUAUGAUACAGGUACAAUGUGUUACCAGUUUUGAAGUGGGAUAAUAAAACAUUGAUGUGGUUUAGAGUGCUCCAUUAUUUGGAGACAGCAUUUUUUUUUUUUUUGGUCUUUUCUGUUAUGUUGUUUACGAAAUUGAAGUAUUUUUCAUGCUGAAAUGCAUUACAAAGUUGCACUAUUAGACCUCUCUGUACAUGGACCUUUGUUAAGUGGAUGUAAGUACAUGAAGAUUAUUUACAUGUUUCAUCCAUGUUAUCUUUUGUUGAUUUAAUAUUCAAUAAUUUUCAUAUAUACAUGCAUACAUUAUGUAAUUGUAUGUAAUUAUUUUGGGUAUCCAAAUUUGACUGUGAUAAUGUGAAGUAAUACAUCUCCUGAUAUGGGCUAAAUUGAACUUAAUACAUACUGUCAUAUAUUCUGUACUUUAUUCAAGUUACAUGUUAUGAAUUAUGUUAUAAGUGUUGAUCUAUAAUUCAGCACAAUUCCAUAUGAUUGAUACUGCAGAUACUUCAUCCAUCAAGUUUGGCAUGAUUGAGCAUUUUCAUGCUGAAUGUCUACAGGUACUCAGAACUACUGUUAUCAUAGAGCUGUUAAUCAAUGAUCACUUAUUUUCACAUUGUUGUUUUUCCUCCCACCAUAAUGCUGACUGCUGGCGUAUAAGUAAAAUUGUCUUGAGUACGGUGUAAAACACCAAUCAAAUCAAUGAAUAAAUUUUUACAUUGUUAAAGAAUGAAAAUGUUGCAGUUCAUUCAAUAUCUGUAAGCAUGUACUUAAAUAAAUCGUAUGAAAU